AACACGUGGAAGCUUGUAGUUCUUUAUAUAUAAAUGUAAACACGUGGAGUUUGCUUCGUUUUACUGAGUUCUAUUAUUCUAAAUUCUGCGAUAUCUCGUUUACGAAGAGCCGUUAUACCUGUUAUUUUCAUUUCUAUUUACAAUUUGAAAAUUAUUGAUGUUUAAAUAUCAUAACAAAAACGUAAAUAGUACUUCAAUGUAUAAUAAGACUACGUAUAGUGCGGUGGAAAACGUGCAAAUUCAUUUAUCGAUGAAUCAACCUCACAUGUUAAAUAGAUGUAACAAAGUUCUAUUAACAAUUAAUCCUUAUAGCGCGCAACCACGGUAAGACAAUUACGGACUCGUUACGAUUACGAUUACGACAAUAUUGUAUAUAGAUAUGCAAAAUAUAAUUGCAUGUGUGUACACACAUUACAAGUUAAAUUUAAAAGAUGUUAAUAUUUAACAUAUUUUGAAGACGUCCAAAAUGUCUUAUGCAAUCAUCACGGAGGAUCACGAACGGCAAAGGGAUGAAAUGGUUGCUCUCGCUAGUAUUUAUCCUGAAAACGAGUUUUCCUAUUCAAAGGACAAACAAAUAAAAUGCACAGCUAACGUAUUUCCCAAUUUCCCUAACAAAUUGGAAGUAAGAUUUACUAAUUGUUGUUCCAGCGUAGCCUCCGAUCCAGUCGCCCUUUGUGAUAAAAUCUUUAUUGAAUAUUUACCACCGAUCAGUUUGUACAUCCAACUUCCCGACACGUAUCCUUCUCAAAGACCACCACAUUUCCACUUCUCCAUUGUAUGGCUACCGCCGUGGGAAAUAUCCUUUCUCUGCCAGAAAUUGGACGAGAUAUGGGAAGAGAAUCAAGGUAGCGAGAUUAUUUUCCUGUGGUUAGAUUUCCUGCAGAAUGGUUUCUUCGAUCUCCUCGGCAUACAGCACUCCUUAGACGUUUCCUUCAUACACAUGGUCCAUUCAAUGCCUAAAGAUAACACUGCAUCGCUAGCAGCCUUAUGUGACCCUAGAGCCAUGAACAAGACUCUGUCCACGAAUAUAAAGCAAUCGUUAGUGUCUUACGAUAAGAAGCAACGCAAACUACAAUUUGGCAAGAAUUUCCACGAUUGCGACAUAUGCUUCGAGUGGUGUACGGGACUGCAGUGCAUAGAACUGAAAAACUGUGGUCACAUCUACUGCAAAACUUGUGUACAGGAGCAUAUAGAGAUGAAGUUAAAGGGGUACAAUAAAGAUAUAUCGUGCCCAUCGGUCGACUGUAGUCGCGAAAUAGAUGCUAGUGAUAUUAAGACUCUUUGCCCGAGCUGGUUUCCACAAUACGAGGAACUGAUGUUGCGAGUAGCGUUGGACACUAUGGACGAUGUAAUAUAUUGUCCCAGAACGUUCUGCCAGUAUCCAGUUAUCAGGGACGAGAACGACUCUGCGCCGAUCUGUUACAAGUGCAACUACUGUUUCUGCGUGUAUUGUCGUAAGGCAUAUCACGGAAAUGCGUUGUGUGAGAUCGCAUCGGACGAUUUUAAACAGCUCGUGGAAGAGUAUAAGAAUAGUAACAGGCGGCAGCAAAAACUAUUGGAAAAGAAAUAUGGCAAACGGCAAAUACAAUCGAUUGAGAAACAUCUUACAAUGGACUACUUGCAAGAUAACUCAAAGAAUUGCCCGGGAUGUCGUUCCUACGUUAGCAAAAUCACGGGUUGCAACAAAAUGACGUGUAGGCACUGUCAGGCUUACUUUUGCUGGUUGUGUGGCCAGGAAAUCAAACUGGAAGAUCCAUACCUUCAUUACAACGACGUUAACAGCCCGUGCUUUAAGCGUUUAUUCCAGGGGAUGGACGUGGACGAAUACAACAAUCUUUACUUGAUGGAUGAUGUAAAUGAAGGAUAUAUUGAUUAGAUACAUUUAACCAGAUAAAUCUAAUAAUCUAAGGUAAUUAACAGGUUUGAAUAGAAUUGUUAUCACUAUUAUUUUUUUUUUACUUAUCAAGAUGUAAGAAAAAGUAACAUGUAUUAUUAACUGCUGAUUUAAUCGAUUUUCAGGUUAUUGAUUUCUGAUUGAAAUUGCUAUUUUCUUAAUUUCGAAAACCAUGUUAUAAAAUUUUCAUGAAAUCAUUUUUUUAUAAAUUAUUAAUCUUUUUUGUUUUCAAUCUUCAAGUUAAUCAUUGAUUUAAUUGAUAAUAAGACAAUUGUAUAUUUGCAGAUAUUUGUGAUAAUUAUAUUUUUGUAUCUGGUAUAUGAAAUUUAUUAAAUUUAUUAUUAAAUUUCAAAUCUGUAUUUUAAUAGUAAUUAUAAGAUGUAAUAACGAUCAUAAUCAUUAUCUUUAUAUUGCACAUUUUAGUUUGCAGUUUACAAUAAAGCAUCAAUACA